CAUUUGAGAGUGAUCCAGAAAUAUAGCAUUUUGCAAAAAAAAUAUUACUAUUUGUCUCUCUGAAAUUAAACCAUCAAGUGAUAGAUUUAGUAACAUUGAACAACCCCAUGCCAUGACGAGAUAGUGAAAAAACACACCAAUCUCGUUCAUAAUUUUACGAACAAUUCUGAUAAUUGAUAUAUAUCGUUUUGGAAUGAAACUCUUGUUUCCCCAUCUAACAUCAGAGUAGAUGAGAGAUGUAAUGUUUGUCUCUGUUUUGUUGAAGCCCAAUCAAGCAGGAGAGACCAGCCUCCCCUGUUCCCAGCUGUGUGUCCAUGAAGAGUGACUGGUCUAUGAGUCAACCUUUACAGUUUAGAGAGGGAGACUUUUCUACUGAACCAAGAAAUCAACAAAAGAGAUCAGAGUCAGAGAUUCUCAGUGGUCAGUCUUCCCAGAGUCAUCAAACAGACCUGGACUCCAUAUUCAGUUUGCUUGAAGAGAAUACUAUGACAUUCGUGACGAACGAGCUGAAGAUGUUCAAGAGGAUUCUUAGUCCAGAACUCACAGAAGGCUUUGAGAGUCAGAAGCAGGAUAAGGAAGUGGUGGACGCUGAAGAUGAGAAGCAGGAGAGCAGUGCCAGAGAGGGGGCUCUGAAGAUCACACUGCACAUCCUGAGGAAAAUGAACCAGAAGGAGCUUGCUGACACACUGGAGAAAUAUGAGAUUGCUGUGAUGUGCCAACGUGAACUCAAAUCUAAUCUAAAGAAGAAGUGUCAAUGUGUAUUUGAGGGGAUCGCUAAACAAGGAAACCCAACACUUCUCAAUAAGAUCUACACAGAGCUCUACAUCACAGAGGGUGGAACAGGAGAGGUCAAUAAUGAACAUGAGCUGAGACAGAUUGAGACAACAACCAGGAAACAAGCAAGACCAGAGACUGCAAUCAAAUGUAACGACAUCGUCAAACCCUUAACUGGACAAGACAAACCUAUCAGAACUGUGCUGACAAAGGGAGUCGCUGGCAUUGGAAAAACAGUCUCUGUGCAGAAGUUCAUUCUGGACUGGGCUGAAGGAAAAGCAAAUCAGGAUGUCCAAUUUAUAUUUUCAUUCCCUUUUCGGGAGCUGAAUUUGAUGAAAGAGGACAAACGCACUUUCAUUGAACUUCUCAAUCACUUCUCAAUGGAAACCAAACAAUCAGGAAUCUCCAUCUACAACAAGUACAAAGUUCUGUUCAUCUUUGAUGGUCUGGAUGAGUGCCGACUGCCCCUAGACUUCCAGAAGAACAAGAUCUGUUGUGACGUCACAGAGUCAACCUCAGUGGAUGUUCUGCUGACAAAUCUCAUCAAGGGAAAUCUGCUUCCCUCUGCUCUCCUCUGGAUAACUACCCGACCUGCAGCAGCCAAUAAGAUCCCUUCAGGGUGUGUUGACCAGGUAACAGAGGUACGAGGGUUCAAUGACCCACAGAAGGAGGAGUACUUCAGGAAGAGAUUCAGUGAUGAGGACCUGGCCAGCAGAAUCAUCUCAAACAUAAAGACAUCAAGGAGCCUCCACAUCAUGUGCCACAUUCCAGUCUUCUGUUGGAUUUCUGCAAUAGUCCUUGAACACAUGUUGAAACAUAAGAGAGAAGAGAUGCCCAAGACUCUGACUGAGAUGUACACACACCUUGUGGUGUUUCACACCAAACAGAAGAAUGAAAAGUAUCUUGGGAAAGAAGAAACAGUUCCACACUGGAAUAAACAGAGCAUUCUGUCACUGGGAAAACUGGCUUUUCAACAGCUUGUGAAAGGCAAUCUGAUUUUCUAUGAAGAAGACCUGAAAGAGGCUGGCAUUGAUGUCAAUGAAGCCUCAGUCUACUCAGGAUUGUGCACACAGCUCUUUAAAGAGGAAUGUGGGCUGUACCAGGACAAGGUGUACUGCUUUGUUCAUCUGAGCAUUCAGGAGUUUCUGGCUGCUGUAUAUGUGUUCCUCUCAUUCAUCAACAACAAUGAGAAUCUAAUGGACAAACCGCAAACAAAGUCCAGGAUCUUUUCUUCGCUGUUCAGAGACAAGCCUGAAGUUGCUUUCUAUAAGAGUGCUGUGGAUAAAGCCUUACAAAGUGAGACAGGAAACCUGGACCUUUUCCUCCGCUUCCUCCUGGGCCUCUCAUUGGAGUCCAAUCAGAAGCACUUACGAGGUCUACUGACAAAGACAAGAAGCAGCUCACAGAGCCAUGAAGAAACAGUCAAGUACAUCAAGGAGAAGAUCAGGGAGAAUCUCUCUCCAGAGAGGAGCAUCAAUCUGUUCCACUGUCUGAAUGAACUGAAGGACCAUUCUCUAGUGGAGGAGAUCCAAAGCUACCUGAGAUCAGGAAGUCUCUCAGAACCCAACCUGUCACCUGCACAGUGGUCAGCUCUGGUCUUUGUGUUGCUGACUUCAGAAAAGGAGCUGGAUGUGUUUGACCUGAAGAAAUACUCCAGAUCAGAGGAAGGUCUUCUGAGGCUGCUGCCAGUGGUCAAAGCCUCCAGAGCUGCUCUGCUGUCAGGCUGUGGAGUCACAGAGGAUGGCUGUGCUUCUCUGGUCUCAGCUCUGAGGUCAAACCCCUCACACCUGAGAGAGCUGGAUCUGAGUAACAAUGACCUGAAGGAUUCAGGAGUGAAGCUGCUCUCUGCUGGACUGGGGAAUCCCCACUGUAAACUGGAGACUCUGAGGCUGUCAGGCUGUGGAGUCACAGAGGAAGGCUGUGCUUCUCUGGUCUCAGCUCUGAGGUCAAACCCCUCACACCUCAGAGAGCUGGAUCUGAGCUACAAUCACCCAGGAGACUCAGGAGUCAGACUGCUCUCUGCUGGACUGGAGGAUCCACACUGCAGACUGGAGAAACUCAAGCUGUCAGGCUGUCUAAUCACAGAGGAAGGCUGUGCUUCUCUGGUCUCAGCUCUGAGGUCAAACCCCUCACACCUGAGAGAGCUGGAUCUGAGUAACAAUGACCUGAAGGAUUCAGGAGUGAAGCUGCUCUCUGCUGGACUGGGGAAUCACCACUGUAAACUGGAGACUCUGAGGUCAGUAUUAUCAGAUAUGAAAGCACUUUAUGUAUGUAGUUCUCCCAUUUGAAAAAGUCGUAAUUAU